AUGUUCAGAGUUCUGCUAUGACAAUGAAUAGAACACAGCAUAUAUUUUUAUGAUUGGGACUUAUACACAGGCCAAACGAACCAAUGCUGUUGAGUUGUAAUUCCUUGUGUACUGGCUCGUUGGCACUGUAAAUAGUUUACCUCCAUUGUCCAUGGUGUGACUGGACGAGUACCGAUUCAUAUCGCUUUCAGAAAACGUUUGAAAGUGAAUCACUUUAAAGUUUUUUUAACAUCUUCCUAUAAUUUGUUUGCUGUGCUCAACUUCAUUUGAAACUGAACCUUUGAUCGCAUAAAGUGACAACAGUGACUGCAUUUGGGUGUUUAAAACCUUUUUUUUGACGCAGGGAUUUGUAACUCGAAGAGAACUGCGCUGUACUGAUAUAUAAUGACACUUUGAGAAUUACCUAUUGAUGUCUAAGAGACACACAAUGACUUGAGUAUGAGGUGGAACCGCACCUCGCGUUUUUCUCUACCCAGCUUAAAUGCUUAUCCUGUGUGCUUCCGCAAAUUUCAAACGGAUUAUAUUUGGCGACAUCCGAGAACAGUGUGUUCACUUAAAGUUGGAUAAAUGACUGAAAUGAAGGGAAAUGAUGAUAAAAAUCAUCUUAGUCCCUACGAGAAUGGCGUGGCUCCAGCUGUGUCGGCGGAUGCGAACGAUACCAAAAGUGUGCUGUCUUGUUCGCGACCGUCGUCUGCUGUCAGCGACGUGUCCACGAGGAUUAAGUUUCGAUUGUACACGGAAGAUUCUUGGGGCAACCAACUUCAAAAGGAGGAGGAUAAACGAAAGAAGGAAGAAAAAACUGGAGGUAUCGCCGAAGCUCAUCUUGUGGACGGAGAGCUCAAGUUCGACGACGAUGAGGAAGAAGCGAAGAAGGAAAGUGAUCCGAAACUAAAGGAGGGAGAGCUCCUUCCCCCGGACCUGGCGGACGUAUUCCGGACAGACUACUACGGUAAACCGCUUGAGGAGAUCGAUCGGUUUAUCAAAGACAAGACUUUCGUUGCAAUAGCACCAAGAUUUGGGAAGAAGUUUAUCUACAGAUUCACUUCGACCAAGACGUUCUACAUCCUUCCUCCGUGGAACCCUGUACGGAAACUAGCUGUAUACAUAGCCACCAAUCAAUUCUUUGAUUACCUAGUCAUCACCACCAUUCUUAUGAACUGUGUGUUUCUAGCCAUGCAUAAGUCAGCAGCUGCUGAGACUGCAGAAUAUGUUUUCCUUGGCAUCUAUACCAUUGAGUUGGUUGUAAAAUGCAUAGCCAGAGGCUUCAUACUUUAUCGAUUCACAUAUCUACGAGAUCCCUGGAACUGGCUAGAUUUUAUAGUUAUAGUCUCUGCAUAUAUCACUAUAUUUAUACAAGCUGCAUCACCAGGGAGCAAUUCAACAAAUCUCCAAGGUCUGCGGACAUUCCGAGUCUUCAGGGCUCUCAAAACAGUUUCCAUAGUUCCAGGGUUGAAAACUAUUGUGAAUGCACUGCUUAGAGCUUUCAAAUUACUCUUUGAAGUAAUAAUGCUGACAACCUUUUGUCUGAUGGUGUUCGCUCUGUUUGGGCUACAAAUCUACAAGGGAGUGCUCCGACAGAAGUGUGUGGUCAGUUUACCUGAACUGGUAGCCACACCCUCGUUGAGUAUAGAGGCACAGUUUGAUGCAUGGGUCAAAAACACAUCGAACUGGUACGAACUAGAUGGUGACUAUAUUGUAUGUGGGAAUGCCUCGGGCUCAGGUAAAUGUCCAGACAACUACACCUGUAUGGUUGAUAUUGGUGAGAAUCCCAACUUCGGCUACACCAACUUUGACCACUUUGGUUGGGCCAUGCUCGCCUCUUUCCAGCUUAUCACACUUGACUUUUGGGAGGACUGUUACAUCAAGGUUAUACGAGCUUCUGGGCCGUUCCAUGUGGCAUUCUUCGUGGUUGUUGUCUUCUUUGGAUCCUUCUACCUAAUCAACCUCAUGUUGGCUGUGGUGGCCAUGGCGUACGAAGAGGAGGCAGACUCCACUGAGGCGGAAAAUGAGGCACAAAAGCAAAGGGCAAAGGAUAAAGACCCACUCAAGGAACUAGCUAAUGCAACGAAAGCUGCAGCCAAAUGGAAGCCAGGUGGGAAAGAGAAAUCUGACCUUGGAGAAACAAAAGGAAAGGAUCCGGACAACAAACAAUCCAAUGGAAAGGUUCCUGAAGGAGAAGGGGAAUCGGAGAAAACAGUCAACGGCCAAAACCUGGUAAAAUAUGGCAAAGGGAGGAAGCCUAUGGUGAAAAUGCCAAGCAAGGACAGCGGAUAUUCUGUACAGAGUUCACAAUCUGGAGGCAGUAAGGAGAAAGAUGGAGACACAACCAGCUGGGACAGUAUUGCCAAUAAAACCGCUGAUUCGGGUACCGGUUCUCUCAAUCAUGGUCUCCUUGGGGAAUUGCCGGUUCUACCCUCCAACGCAAAAAGACAGAAUUUGAUCAAACAGCAAAGCACUGACAAUAUCUCUUCCUCUGCGAUUCACCUUGAAAAAGCUGGUGAAUAUCCAGUGAAAAAGAAGAAAGUUGGACCAGAGAUCAUCUUGGCUACGGGUGACGGCUAUAAACCAGCCCGAGGGAAGGGUCAGCUGAUAGACCGGAACUGCCCCUGCUGUGCAGGGACAAGCAUCUACACCUAUUGGCUCUAUGUCCAGAAUGGUGUCAUGGUUUUUGCAUCGGACCCCUUGUUUGACCUGUUCAUUACAGUCUGUAUUGUUCUCAACACCGUCUUCAUGGCUGUAGAACAUCACGGCAUGUCAGACGAACUCAAGGAGGUGUUACGAAUAGCUAACUACAUCUUCACCAGUAUCUUUACCUUUGAAUGUGUAGUCAAACUGACAGCUCUCAGCAAGUUUUACUUCGACAAUGGCUGGAAUGUGUUUGACUUUGUCAUUGUGAUAGCCAGUCUUGUAGAUCUUGGUCUGGAAGAUGUUGAUGGCCUCAGUGUUUUCCGAUCAUUCAGAUUGCUCAGAGUCUUCAAACUGGCACAAUCCUGGCCGACGCUGAAAUUGCUUCUCACCAUUAUCUUAAGUACAUUAGGGGCACUUGGCUAUUUAACCAUAGUCCUUGUGAUUGUCAUCUAUAUCUUUGCUGUCAUUGGUCUUCAGCUGUUUUCUGAUUCCUACACAGAGGAAAUUUUUGGCGACGAUAUACCCAGGUGGAAUUUCACUGACUUCUUUCAUGCCAUGUUGAUGGUGUUCCGCGUGCUUUGUGGAGAGUGGAUUGAACCUCUGUGGGAUUGUAUGCGGGCUGCUGACGAACUCUGCAUGGUUGUCUUCCUCCCAACUCUUGUUCUUGGAAACUUCAUUGUGUUGAAUCUUUUCCUUGCCCUGUUGCUAAAUGCAUUCGCAAGUGACACACUUGAUCAGGAGCCAAAUGAUGAAGACAAUCGACUUAAGUUGGCAAUCACGAGAAUAAAGAAUCUUUGUUGCUGCUGCUUGAAGCCCAAAAGAUCAGCAUCUGUGGGACCAAAUGAUAAGGAAGAAGAUGGGGAGGCCAGCACUACUGACAAAGACAGCAAGGACAAAGAUGCAAAGAACAAGGGGAAAGCUGAAGACAAAAUAGCACUGACCAAUGGUCAAGCAAGUACUAUGAAGAGCAAGACAGAUCCUGUUAAAAACAGCACAGAUACCAAGGGCAAACCUCAGGCCAAUGGAACGACGGCUAAAAAGGAUGAGAAAUCUAAGGACAAAGUGGAUGCUGCCUUUAGCACUCAGAGAGAGGAAUUCUCCAGUUUCAAUGCGGCUUUGAAGGCAAAUGCCAAUGACACUAAAGGAGGAACUAAAGCUGAUGAUAAAAAAGACAAAGAAAAAGAUGAUAAAAAGGACGAAAAGAAGGACCAGGAAGAAAAAGACGAUGAUGAUCUUCCUUUAGGAGCUGAGGCCUCAACGACAAAGACAAAGAAAAAGGAAGGUGAUGAGGAAGAGGAAGAGGUGAAGGUGAUUGUGGUUGAAGACUGCUUCCCAGAGGGCUUCUACAAAGUCUUGUACCGUUGGAUUCCUUGGUUUACCUGGUUGAAGACGUUUGACGAUACAGCAUUCGGUAAAAAGUGGUACAUGUUAAGAAAGCUGAUGGCCACUGUGAUAGAAAACAAAGUGUUUGAAGGCAUCAUCUUGUUCCUGAUCGCCGUAAGCAGCCUCACUCUGGCCUUUGAGGAUGUGAACCUGUAUGAAAACCCGACUUUGGAGUUGGCACUGGACUGGCUUAACAUUAUCUUCUGCGUUCUGUUUGCGAUUGAGAUGUUGAUGAAGUGGGUCGGAAUGGGAUUUAAGAAGUACUUCACCCAGUUCUGGACAUUGCUUGACUUCUGCAUUGUAGUGGUGUCUAUUGCCAGUUUAGCAGCCAAGGCGGCAGGAGUUGAUAACAUUUCUGCUUUCCGAUCCUUACGUACCCUCAGAGCUUUCAGACCUCUAAGAGCAAUUUCUCGAUGGCAGGGUAUGAGGAUUGUGGUGAAUGCUCUGAUGUUGGCCAUCCCUGCCAUCUGUAAUGUACUGGUGGUAUGCAUGGUGUUCUGGCUUAUAUUCAGUAUCAUGGGUGUCCAGUUCUUCAGUGGAAAGUUCUUCAAAUGUGUAGAUGAAGAUGGCGAAAGAUUGCUAUAUACAGUUACUGCUAAUAAGACAGAAUGUUUAGCCAAAAAUUACACCUGGCAGAAUUCAAAGAUCACAUUUGAUAAUGUUCUCAGUGGAUAUCUAGCUCUAUUCCAAGUCGCAACGUUUGAGGGAUGGAUGGAAGUCAUGGGUGAUGCUAUAGAUGCAACUGAGGUGGAUGAGCAACCGAUAUUUGAGGCUGGAUUGUACUACUACUUAUACUUUGUGGCAUUCAUCAUAUUUGGCGCAUUCUUCACUUUGAAUCUGUUUAUUGGUGUCAUCAUUGAAAACUUUAAUGCUCUAAAGAAAAAGUAUGAAGGCAGUUAUCUGGAUAUGUUCCUCACUCAAGGACAACGAAAUUACAUGAACACACUAAAGAAACUAGCCAACAAAAAGCCACAAAAAACAGUCAAGAGGCCAAAGGGUCCAAGUUUUUGGAAUUCCUUCCAGGCCGUGUUUUACGAUGUGUCCGUAAGCAGUAAGUUCGACUUGGCAAUCAUCAUAUUCAUAUUCCUGAACAUGAUUAUAAUGGCGGUGGACCACUAUAAAAUGUCUGACUUGAUCACAGAUAUACUCGACAUCAUGAAUAUAGUGUUCACUACAGUCUUCACUAUGGAGUGCAUCGUCAAAAUCAUCGGCCUCCGACUGCACUACUUCCGCCAGCCUUGGAAUGUAUUUGACUUUGUGGUGGUCGUCCUGUCUUUAGGGGGUAUUAUAUUAGACCAGGUCCUCGAUGGGCUCAUCGUUUCCCCAACCCUUCUUAGGGUUGUCCGGGUGUUUAGGAUUGGUCGAGUCCUGCGACUCAUCAAGGCAGCAAAAGGUAUAAGGAAGCUUUUGUUCGCUCUGAUAAUAUCCCUUCCUGCUCUUCUAAAUAUCGGGGCACUGCUAUUCCUGGUCAUGUAUAUAUUCGCUAUUAUUGGAAUGUCCUCCUUUGGCAAUGUGAAGAUUGAGGCUCCUCUCGAUGAUACGGUGAACUUCCAGACGUUCGGCAAUAGCUUUGUGCUGCUACUGCGACUGUCUACGUCAGCUGGAUGGAAUGACAUUCUUGAACCGUUGCUUAUAGAACCGCCAUAUUGCGACCCGGAUUACAUCAUACGGACAGAUGGGACCAAAGUUGAGUCUACUAAUGGCGACUGUGGUACUCCAUGGCUUGCCUACUUCUUUAUGGUCGCCUACAUCCUUGUUGUAUUUUUAAUUGUGAUAAACAUGUACAUUGCUGUGAUCCUGGAGAACUUUAACCAGGCCCACGAGCAGGAAGAAGUUGGUGUUACUGAGGACGACUUUGACGAGUUUUAUGUUGUCUGGGAAAAGUUUGACCCUCUAGCCACUCAGUACAUUAAAUAUGAACAACUAUCAACCUUUGUAGCAGAUCUUGACCCUCCACUAGGUAUACCUAAGCCAAAUGAGAUAGCUUUAGUGGCAUGUGAUUUACCAAUCAUGGAAGGGGACAAAAUCCACUGUUUGGACGUGCUUAUAGCACUUGUGAAAAAUGUCCUGGGACGUGUGGAAGAAACAGAGGAAUUUAAAGAAUUGCGUGCCCAGAUGGAGGAAAAGUUUGAGGAGACUUUCCCCACGCGUGUCAACAAUGGCAAGAUGUCUAGCACCAUGCAGAAAAAGAAGGAAGAUGUGGCCGCAAAAACCUUACAACGAGCUUGGCGCAGCUUCAAAACGCAGAAGCAGCUUCGCAACAUUACAAAACUGGCUAUGGAUAAAAGCAAGGAUGACGACGACAAAAAAUCUAAGGGUGGUGCACUUGCUGCACUUGGCCAGCGCCUCUCUUGUGCUCUUACAAACUUCUUCAGUGGUUCAUCACGUCCUGGGAGUGCUGCUAGUACACGUAGUGUUAAAAGUACUGACCCUGGCGCAGGCAAAACAAAAGUGAACAAGAACACAUUACAGACGCCGUCUGUUGGUGCUCUUUAUAAUAACCAGAAAGAUGACAGUAAUAAAGAUGUAGAAUUGUGAUAAUACUGAAAAUGUAAAGUGUACAAACUCUAUAGAUUGAUAAAAAAAAAAUGCAAUUGCAAAUGUGCAUAUCAUUUUUGCUAAGUAGAAAGUGAGUCAAAUAACUUAUUUGCGUGUUACGCUUGAUGUCCCCGUGGUGUUGAGGACAUGAUUAACUAUGAGGUAUCGGUAGCUCCAUUAUUUGGAAAGUGUCCAAAAUUGAGCAAACAACAUCCAUGGCGACCCAGACUUGAGACUUUGAACUGUAGUGUCUCAAACACAACAAAUUAAGCACUGGAAAUAUUCAAACUAGAUACAAAAAGUGCUGACAAGUCUAAAUUGAGCGUAGUGUGCUAGUGAAGUAGUAAAAUGUCCCAAAGUCAGUACAAUGAGUGAUGAUGAUGAGUCCCUAUUGAUUAACCGAUAAACAUAGAGGUGUUUUAAAGUCAUUCAAAGGAUACAACGCGCUUGGAGGUCUCUGAACACCUCUCAAACUACUGUGAUAGCCGCCGUUAAAUAGCGGCAGUAUUUUUUAUUCAUAAUGUAUAAACUUAAGUAUUAUCAGUAGGAGAGAUAUAAUGCAAAAAAGUUCUGCGAAACUCUAAAGACUGGACAAAUGACUUGUCUGCGUAUGCUAUCUAUGUAGACCGGACGGAUUUUGUGGUUUUAAUUUAUUAUUAUUUCCUUAUUUAACAUGGAUGUGUAUGAACGAUUUUAACCGCUGCUUUUCUUUGUUAUUAUGGAUAUUUGUUCUUUAUUUACAUAAUAAAUUAUUGAAAUUGGAAUUUAUUUUUUUAAGUCCAAAUGUUUCGGUAACAAUCUUAUAAGAUAUUUUACUUUCUAACUAAAACCAAACCUGAACAAAUUAGAAAAUAUGAAAAGUAAACUAUCUGAAAUUAUUUACGGGAAAAAAAUACGGAUUUCACAACAGUUUUGUUUCAAUAUGUAAUAUUUUUAAAAUCGAUCUGUACUUUUCAUUCAUUAAGUAUUUAUACCUGUGAAUUUUAAUCCGUGCAGUUAUUUUUUCAAAAUUCAAAUGUUUGAGAACGUGUUGUUUGUCUACCUCAUUUGGGUAGGUAAUAUUGUUUAUGGUAUUCCCUGUUAUCACCAUUACCUGUAAUUAUUACUUACCUAUAUGACUUAUAACAUAAUCAAUAUAAUGGUGAAAUAAUGUAAUGAAUAGAAUUGUAAAAGCAAAGUUACUUAUAACCUAAAUCAACAUUUUACAUCCAUGAUCACAAUUUACAUGAUGCCAAUGAUCUCGAGUUAAAGUUGGUUAAACAAUUACUUUGUUAUGGUAAAUAACUAAGCUUGGUAGGACAGUCAAGGGCAAACAAACAUGUUUUGGCCUUACUCAAUGUCGCUCUUUUGCAGGUUAUAAUACUGCACAAAAUAAUUAUCUUGUCAAAUUAUCUGAUACUAAUUAUUAAGCAAAUAUUUUAAUUCUGAUGUACAGUACGUUUUAAUCAAUAUUUCUGGAGAAAAAAAUAUCUCGUAAAAAUGUCUUUGCUUUGAUAUGUUACUCUAUGGAGAGGCGUAGAAUAGUGUCUUUCAAACGAACUGUCAUUGAAUCUGCAUAAAUGUCAACGUUUUCAGGAAUCACAGUUGUACAAUUUUGUGUUUCGCACCAUUGCUUAGCUUUUGAAAUGAAAUUGUUUACAUACACUGACAUUUCAAUUUUGGCUUCAUGUAAUUUUUCUUUGUUAAUUUGAUAAGAAAUAAUGCUGAAAAUCCAUUAUUUCAUUUCAUGUAAUUGUUUUGUGUACAUUACUGAUUGUCAAAAGUUCACUGUUGCCAAAACCAAACGUAGAUCUUAUCCAACACAUAUAAAUAGUGUACUUGUUCUUAAUGUGUUUAGUUUUUAUUGUGAGUACGUAAAGAUUUCGUUUAUGUUGGGGUUUUUUUUACAUGUAUUUUAUUAAUGUCUAAUUCAGAAAUUUUGUAACCAAUUUCGCUAGUCAUUUCAACUCUCACACCUAUUAAUCCGUUUCAACUAGUGAAAUAAUGUGGUUUGGCUGUAGAAAUAAACACCUGGUUUUGUGGUUUUUCAAUCAAAUUUAAAUUUAGGUAUUUGUUGAAGGGGUUUGUGACAUAGAUAUAGUGCAAUUUUAUAUAGUUUUUUUGCAAGUUUGAUAAAAAAUGUUAGUUUAACAUUUCAGAACAAAGUGGAAAUUGCGUAAGUGAUAAAAAAUAAAUAGAUAUAUCUGAAACAAAAAGGGUGGAUUAGAAAAAAAGGUGAAUGAAGAGGAAUCCUAUUCUUUUUUUGUCUUUGUCUUUUUAUACUUCGUUCUUUUGCUUUCCAAUGUUUUCCCCCAUAUGUCAUUAUUUUACUAAAUUUUAAAACAAUGAUGUGGACCGAGUAUGAGAUUGACUUUAUUUUACUCCGUGAAUGAUGAUCAAUUUAAUAGAGAAGCAAGAAAGAAGCGAUUGUAUGAGUAGCUUGAAUGUGUUAAAUUUGUGUAAAGGUUGUUAUUUAAUUGUUUAUGUGGAAAUAUGGAAAAAAAUAUAUCAUCUAGAAGAUUCUUCUGUGAAUCUUGUUACUUUGAUUGAGAUGCUGAUAUUCAUCUUUGCAUGCAAUGUGAAGACAGAAGAGUAAACAGGUGUGCAUUUUUUCGUUUGGAUUCGUUUUACUGAACAAAUUUUAGGAAAUUGGAAGACUUAGUAAUGCUUUUUAAUAACCUUUUUUUUUUCGCUAUCGAAUUUUUGAUUUUCUACUGUAUGAAAUUUGAAAUACGAAUGCAUGUCUAUUGAAUUAUUAAGUGCUAAACCCGUGAUCAUUAUGCAAAUAUCGGUAAUGUCCUUAUGAAUCUGCAAAUGUGCCAAUGUAACGUACCAUUACAAGGAUAUCAAUGAAAGAAAAUGUGGUUUAUCUCUGAUUAAUAUUUUUUUGUAUUUACUGUCGCCUUGGGGAAAUUGUUUAUAGGGCUGUCAAACUUUUGACAGAACGAAAUGGAAUGGGGAGCCGUUCGUCCGUCCACCAAAUGGUUUCCACAAGAACACUUGCUUAAAUAUACGAUCUUAAUGAAACUUGUUAAGCAUGUACAAUAUAUAUAUAAAAAAAGACUUCAAUUUGAUGAUAAACGAAAUAAAAAAGUAGCGUACUGUGCUCUGAUUGGACAACGUCCACACCUUAGCUCCCGCUAGAAAACUAGCAAAAUAUCGUUCAUUUUCAUUGUACAAUAGAAAUAAAGUCGAAGGAGUUGGGUAAAUCCUAUACUUCAUUUAUUUGCAUAUUGCACUCUGAUUGGUCGGUUUUUGCACAAUAUUUUAAGCAAGUGUCGCUGGAUUCUGAUGAACCUUUGUCAAGAUUUAUAUCAUAUAAUGGAAGUUGCCAUGUUCGAUGGUAAACACAAUCACCGCAUAAUUAAUUUGCAUACUGUGCUCUGCUGUUUGAAUGAUUUCUGCACAAAUGAAAUAUGACCACAUUCCUAUCCAUUGUACACAAUAUGUAUACUAUAUCAAGACAAAGAUUAAAUUUGAAGUUGACCGCUUGGUAAUGGACGGGUGUGUAUUGUUUCGCCCCUGCAGUUUCUAUUUCUUGUCAACAUAAUAUUUGGAUUCAAUAUUUUCAUCAUCAUUUUCGAUUUUUGGUAUGUCGCAUCUUUAUUAUUCAUAACGUUGUUUCGAUGCUAUGUUAUGCAUUUAAAUACAACGAUUGUUCCAAACCUCCGUUUUCAUAGGCUGAUCUUUAUGUAUAUAAAAUAUCUGUCAACAACAAUAUUUCACAUCUAUCUAACAAUGUUUUUUCGUCUAUCCAGUCAAGUUCGUAUAAUUGGCUUAUUCGUCUCUAUCAAAGACAACAUAUUUGAAAAAAAAUGAAUUGUAAUUUAAGACAUUAUUCAUUUGUUUAAUAACAUUGGAACUUAACACAGGUACGUGUACACAUUAACUGAUUACACUGCAGUCAUUCCGUACGAUUAAUUAGAAAUAGAGUCCAGAAAUAGUUUCCAAGAUCAAAUCAUAUUCAUACAGUUUAAGGAAACGUGAAUUUGCGAAGAGUUCAUCUGUAUUGCCCUUACUUAUAUAUCUUUUUCUAUUCUCCAAAAAGAUUAUUCAAAUAUGCUAAAUAUGUUAAUUUCAGUGAGAGGAAGAAGAUGGAUGUGUUAAAUAUCCGUCAAGAUAUUUGAAAAAGGAUUUUAAUUUUUGUCUUUUGAAUUGUUUUAUGUCACCCUUAUUACCUCGAGUUAGAUGAAGAGGGGGUGUGAACAUGACAUUCUCAUUAUCAUCACCAAAACAUUACUUGAAUUUUGAAAGAUUUUGAAGUCACCAACUUCAAUGUGUAAAAAGCUCCAAAUAUCAAUAUGAGACUUUAUAACAUUUAUAAAAAAAAGUUGAUAGUUUGUUUAAGUACAUGCCCCUUCAAAGCUUUUUUUUAUAUACUGUUAGCUGAAAAAGGACUCGCUUUGUCUUAAUAUAAUACAUUUAUGACAUUUGGUUAUUUAUUCCUACUUUGUUUUCUAGUGUAAUUGACUUAAUUGAAAGACUUAUCAUUUACAAAUGAUAUGGAUUAUAAUCUUUAUUUUUAUAGGAAUGUGAGAUUUCAUAAGAUGUUUCAUUAUCUGUAUUAGCUGAAAUCAAAACUCAAAUAUUCAUCAGAUUUUUUUCUGCUAAUAUAUGAAUGUAUCAUUGUUAUGAUUUGCAAAGUUGUUGUUUCGUAUAUAAUUGUAAAUAAGUAAUGUAAAUAAAGAAGUAUUAUUUUCAUUUUAAGAGAGAUAGAUUAAAAAAAGGACGUUUAAUUUUUUUACAAAGUACAAUGUGGCUUGGAGAUUUGCCCCAGCGUGUAGACUCUGUUGAUACUUUUGUUGGUGUCUCACGUCGCUAUGGCUGCUCUACUUAGGGUAGCUAUUUAUAGGCCACUCAAUAAGAUGUCCCGAGCACUUGACCGUUAUCACCAUAUUCUGUAUUAAGCUGGUUCACACCAGGAUUUCAAGCUAACCGGCGCUCCUGACGAUUUCCUUUGAACAAUAAACCUUUUUGCAAAAAUC